AUGGAGAAGUGCGACCCGAUACCGCCCACCUACAAACCCAAACGUUUUCAUUGGUAUAUCCGUCCAAAAGAUCGUGACAUAUUCGGUGAGGAGAAAAUGCACCCAUCUACUUCUCAAGAUCUCAGCGAUCAGUCCUCUUCGCGCAGCAAUAGAUCGGAUUCUACUGCUGAAUAUCGCUUCUGUCGUGGCGGUGUCUCGGCCAAGUAUCUCUCGAACAUGAUCAUCAUUGCAUUGAUACAGGAGAUCAGCGUUGGUCUGAUUCUGGCCACAGCUGAUCCAGAAUGGUAUCGCGAGCCGCGUUUCAUCAUUCUGACAGCUUGCCGGGUUAUUCAACUCGUGCCAUGUUUUCUGGCGUUGGCCGGUAACUAUACGAACAAUGCGCCACUUCUUGUGCCAUUCAUGCUUUCACAGAUAUCUCUCGGCAGCUACGCGGACCUAACGACAUACAUGCUGUUGAUUCAGAACUUUCAAGCGAAUCAUCCGGAUCUUUUGGCUGUUUUCCAGUCCGCUACUCUACGUCGUUCUGCCGAUACUGCUCUACGCCUGUCUUCUUAUGCUUUGCAUCUACGUCACCAACAAAUCGAUAAAAUUCGUGAACAUGAAACGGCUUGGAGCGCUUAG